AUGGUCAGAGCGGACGUCCUUGAGCUUGAAACAAUUUUCUCCCGGAGCGCCAAAACCCAAGCAUUUGCCCAGGUUAGUAUUCCGAGCGAAUCGCGCAUAAGUUUGCCCCCGUUGAACCAGCGAAUCCAGGUAGGGCCAAAGGCUAAAUUUGGCUAUGCGGGAUCGAUGAUGGUUUUUGGAGUUAUCAGGGUUGGAGCUCGAUCCUCCGUAUUCGAUUCGCCAAUAAGGUACACUGGACAGGAUCUGGAAAUGCUUCAUGAGAAUGAUCACUUAAAAAGAGAGUUUUUGAUGAUUUAUUAG